AUGGCGGAGUUUGAGAGAUUCCCCGAGCUUCCUAGAGAGCUCCGAGACCAUAUUUGGAGCAUGGCUGUCCGCGAUGAUCGCCCAGGAGUACAUGUUUUCGGACACCGCUUUCUGAGAUCCGGUGACGUGGUAAGCGGGACAUGGGCUGCCCCUUCAUGGAGCCGAUACUUUGAGAACUUGGACAAGGACCGCAGCGACGAGAACAUCUCAGCAUACCUGAUCGAUGGCGGCCUAUGGACAGCUUGUCAUGAAUCUCGGCUCAUUAUGGAGAAGCGCUACGAACAGUCAAAGCGAAAGCCUUCUCAUAAAGAAACUUACCCAGUACACGAUAGAACAAAAGAAGUCUUCAAAAAGACCACAACAGGCUGCUUUGACGGUACGCCUCUUGACCUGAUGACUGUAUUUCCCCACCGGGAUCUUUUUGUUCUUCAGUUUACUGACUUGCAAAAAGUCGAUUGGUGCUUCAUGGGAUUUGAGGCUUCAAUGGCGACUGCUGCAGAGGGCUUCAGAGGGGUGAAGCAUGUCGCAUUAGAGUACAACCCAAAGUGGUCAGCUGAGCUAAUACAUGACCGUGGUGACGACAUUUGGGCGAUCAUGGAGGGUGCAUUUGAGAUGUGGUCCCCUGUUUGGAAACUUUGGUUUAUUGACCACUCCCUGAAAAGAAAGAAAGACGCUCCAGUUUUCAAAGAAAAGGCAGACAAUGGAAACGAGAUAAACGCCUUUUAUGCCAGCGACAGGAGGCUUUUGGAGGUAGAUUGCUAUAACUCGCACGACCUGGAAAAGGAAUGGGAAUAUAUCAAACCGGUGGAAGACAAGUCGGAUGAUGGCUUUAGUUCUUCGGUGUUUUUCCUUCACGACUUGGAAUCAGAUCUCCGCGAUAAGUCAUAUCAAACUUGCGAUAAUUACCAGGAUCCUUAUUGUCAAAUAGGGAUCCUAGGAUGGGACGAGUUGUAG